CGACUUGCUCCCUCUGCUUUCUCAAAAACUAGGAUACACCCCUUCAAGAAUCCUAGGCAAAGAUGGCUGGGCAAACACCGGUGUUUGUUAUGAAUACCGCGCCCGAGCGGCAGUCGGGGCGGAAAGCACAAAUAUCUAACAUCACUGCUGCUAAGACCGUCGCAGAUGUGAUCAGGACAUGUUUAGGACCCAAGGCCAUGCUCAAAAUGAUCCUCGACCCCAUGGGUGGCAUAACACUUACCAACGACGGGAAUGCUAUCCUACGCGAAAUUGAGGUUGCACAUCCCGCCGCGAAGAACAUGAUCGAACUAAGUCGGACGCAGGACGAGGAGUGCGGAGAUGGUACCACAAGCGUGAUCAUUCUCGCUGGUGAAAUAUUGGCACAAUCUCUAUCACAGCUCGAGCGCGAUAUCCACCCGGUUGUCAUCAUCUCCGCAUACAAUAAAGCCCUCAAAGAGGCUCUCGAGAUCAUCAAGCGCAUAUCCGUCCCCAUUGACACCUCAAACGAUACAGAGAUGCUGGCGCUCAUCAAGACAUCCAUCGGUACCAAAUUCGUUAUGCGCUGGUCGGAUCUCAUGUGCAAGCUUGCUUUGGACGCUGUGCGCACCGUGGCAUCGGAUGAGAAUGGGAUGAAGACGGUCGAUAUCAAGCGCUAUGCGCGGGUCGAAAAGGUUCCUGGCGGCGAGAUCGAGUCGAGCAAGGUUCUAGAUGGGGUCAUGUUGAACAAAGAUAUCGUGCACCCGAAGAUGCGAAGGCGGAUUCAAAAACCUCGAAUCGUACUCUUGGAUUGCCCCCUAGAGUACAAGAAAGGAGAGAGUCAAACGAACAUCGAGAUGAGUCGCGAAGCCGACUACGCAAGGAUCAGCGAAAUCGAGGAGGAACAGAUCAAGACCAUGGUGGACAAGAUCCUCGAAUUCAAGCCGGAUCUGGUAAUUACGGAGAAGGGCAUAUCGGAUUACGCGCAGCAUUGGCUGUACAAAGCCAACGUCUCGGCGAUACGCCGCGUGCGCAAGUCCGAUAACAACCGGAUAGCUCGUGCGGUCGGUGCAACCAUUGUGAACCGCGUCGAGGACCUUCGGGAAACCGACGUUGGCACCAAGUGCGGGUUGUUCAACAUCGAAAAACUUGGUGACGAGUACUUCACCUUCCUCACCCAGUGUGAAAACCCUCAAGCCUGCACCAUUCUUCUUCGUGGACCGUCCAAGGAUAUUCUCAACGAGAUCGACCGUAACCUCGCCGAUGCUAUGUCUGUAGCCCGGAAUGUCGUUUUCAACCCACUCCUUGCCCCAGGCGGUGGUGCGACCGAGAUGGCCGUCAGCGUGGGCUUGCAUCAGAAGGCACGCAGUAUACAGGGCACAGAGGGUUGGCCAUUCAGAGCCGUCGCGGACGCUAUGGAGGUGAUCCCCAGGACGUUGGUCCAGAAUGCAGGUGGAAAUGCUAUAAGGGUCUUGACCGAGCUUAGGGCCAAGCAUGCCAAUGGCGAACAUUCUUGGGGUAUCAACGGCGAUACCGGGAAGAUCGUGGACAUGAAGACCUACGGUCUGUACGAGUCUGCGAGCGUCAAGAUCCAGACCAUCAAAACAGCUAUUGAGGCUGCGCGCGUAUUACUGCGUGUGGACGACAUCGUGCAAGCCAAGCGACAAGAUCGGGAGUCAGGCGGAGGCGCACCUCCGGAGGAAAUGAUGGGCGAAUAAGUCAUCGGUGUAAAUUAGUCCUUACGAACCCUGCAUAACAAUCCUGGUGGAACGC